UCUCUCUCUCUUCCUUUCAGUCUUUCUCUUCCAUUCACUCCCCAAGUCUUUCUUGGAAUUCCUCACCAAAUCUAACCAACUAAUGUGAUAUCAUCACUAAAUCGAUAUCACUUUCUUAAAUUCGUUUGUAGUAGCAUUUAAAAACAAAAACCAAAUUAAACAAAAUGGAAUUGUCUUGGAUCCCUAAAAAGAAAGAGUUGUCAUGGCUACAAGGUAUCUGUGCACAAAUAAUAAAGACUGGUCCCAUGCCGAAACAUGUGGCCUUCAUCAUGGAUGGUAACCGGCGUUUUGCCAGCAAGACUUCAAUAGACCAAUCUCAGGGACAUAUCAAAGGAUUUAUUGCACUUACUGAGGUGCUGAACUGGUGCCACAAUCUUGGAAUCACCGAAGUUACCGUUUAUGCCUUCAGCAUUGACAACUUCAAACGGUCGAAGGAGGAGGUGGAUUGUUUGAUGGGUUUAGCACGAGAAAGAUUCAAACGUCUUCUGCAAGAGAAAGAGGAAUUAUUGAAGAAUGAAGUGUGUAUCCGAGUGUUUGGUAAUCUGAGUUUGCUUCCAAAAGAUAUCCGAGAGAAUAUUGCUGAAAUUGUCACAAUUUUCAAAAACAAUUCCAGGAACAUUUUAAACAUCUGUAUUGCUUAUUCUUCCCAAGAAGAGAUAACCUGUGUUUUGAAGGAAGUGACUGAAGCUGUGCAGCUAGGACUGAUCAAAACAAGUGAUAUUGAUGAAGAGGUUCUCCAAAACUGCAUGUACAGUGGCAGAUCUCCCAACCCGGAUCUUGUAGUGCGAACAUCUGGUGAAGUGAGACUCAGUGGCUUCCUUGCUUGGCAGAGCAGUUUCAGCUGUUUAUCCUUCUUGAAUGUUCUAUGGCCAGAAUUUUCCAUUUGGCAUUUAUUUCUCUCUAUUCUCCAGUAUCAACGUAGCCAUGAUGUAAUUCAAGAAGCUGUCAAUUAUAGCCACGAGAAAUGUGAAAGUAUCCAGCUGGAAUCAGACUACAGAUGUGUUCACAAAGACUCUGAGAAUGUACACAAUUGUCCGAGUGAGCUGAACAUUAAUCGAAAUUCCAAGGAGUUGUCUUACACAAGGGAAAGGAAAGAAAGAGUGUCGUCUUUCCUCAGUUAUUUAUAUUCUAAAAGGGACACAUAUAUAGAAAACUUGUGUCCCAAAAGUAUGUAGAAUUGUGCUCAAAGACCAAAUAGGUUCUUUUAAGGAUUGUUAUUUUUAUUUUUUCUGUUUAAAUGAUUAUUCAAAUGUUUUUAGUGUUCUGACAAAACGUAUUAAACAGAGAUCUAUCUUAUUACAAACACACUUUGUGAAUAAAAUUUAUCAAAAGCUCUA